AUGCUGGGUAACCUGGGCAAGAUGGCGCCCUCCACCAUUCAGAAAAUCAAGUCUACAAUAACAGGCAGAGACCCAGAGCAAGACGGAAUUAUAACGGAGGUGCGAUAGUCUUCUUUGAUUCUAUUUUAUUGUCAUAGCAUUUCGCAUGAGACCUUCUGCGGGUCUUUAAACUCUUUAGUCGGCGUUUUCUAUGUUGUAGUUGUGGACCAAACUGUUUAGACUGAAAUUUGACUUUAGAGUUUAACCUUAGUAUCUUGUUUCCGUUCCAUUAUUUAAAGAGGUUGAAAAUUUACUUUCUGAAAAUGUUUUAAUUAUAAUCAUAAAAUUUAAUUACACCACAUGCUUACACUACCAUGCAACUGUUGACCUUAACGUUGUGAAUUUAUAGGAGUUUCGAUUCUAAACUCAGCUCAUAUUAGCCUAAUUAAAAUGAAAACAUAGCUGUGAUUUUUAAAAUUAUUAUUCAAGCUAACCUUUCACUGCAAUAAAAUGUUAAAUAAUUGGGCAUCUAUUUCCUGUAGUAAAUCUUGAGACUAAAUGAGGAGUUGCUGUGUGAAAGUGAGGACAGGCAUUCAUUCCACAUUAGAGUUAGAAAUGCUACUGGCAAUUUUAGAUAGCUGCAACUAAACCUUUUUGCAGAAUAAAGUUAUGGAAUGUAACUGUAUUAUUAAUAGUAUGAAUGAAGAGCCAAGAAAGCUUUAAAAUUAUUGCUUUAAAAAAUUAGUGAAUUGUGUGGUUCAAGAACACAUCUAGACCUCUUUACUUGAGGAAGAAAAUUCAUUGUGACCAGUACAAUACAGUAUUAACACAACAAAUCUAAUACGACCAAAUUUUGUGGUCAUGCACUGGUCACUUUUUUAUAUUCCACUGUAUCUUCGUAAGUCUUUGCUCCCAAGAGUGACCAAAGUCAAAAAAAAUUCAGCAAAAUUUCCACAUUUCAUGUUGUAAGAUGUUGAUAAACAGAAAGUACCACGUGAAAGUUUUAAUUGAAUGGUGACAAUGGAGUAUUUCAUUUACAGACUCAAAUGUCAAAACCACCUCUCAGGACUUAAUAAUAAUAUUAUUUCAAAAGUAGGUCGAGUUUGAUCGUCCGGGUGAAUGUAGUCCUGACUUCAGGACUAUGUUCACCCGGAAGAUCAAACUCAACCUACUUUUGAAAUGACUCCUGGGUUCAGACCUUUCACAAUAAUAUUAUUGUUCUUUACUAGAUAUCUGAUGCAACUACCUUGAGCUGGUCAACACGGAUCAAAGGAUUUAUUAUUUGCUUUUGUAUUGGUGUGGUGUUCUCCAUUUUGGUACGUAAAUUCAAAACAUUUUGAAAGCCCUGAUAAUGAGCAGUGAAUUGGCAUACAAGGUAUUGAUGUAUGUCUUUUUAGAAAUUUUGUCCAUUCAAAACCUCUUUUCAAUCACACUGAGUCUAAAAUUUACCACUCACUGUGGUAUCUAUUUCAUUUUUUUUUUUGCUUCAAGCUCAUUAUCAUACUUUGUCAUGUCACAAAACACAGGAAAAUGAAAUUUAAACUGAAAUAAAAUUGGACCACAGUAUACAAGGUGGCAUAAAAAUUUUUAUAAUUUGCUUGUCUGUAAUUGCUGCUAAAGUUAAAGCAAAUGAUGUUGCCUGCCCAUCAUUACUUAACACCUCGUAAUUAAACAUGUUAACAUGGUGGGUUGCCCCACUAGCCCCAGGCUUUCAGACAGCAGUUUUGUUGUGCCGUGAUAACCAUUGUUUUUAGCAACAAGGACUAACAGGUUCAGUUUUCAAAUGAUCAGUAAUAGUUAUAGGAUCUAUGUGUGUACAAUGUAUGCUUGACCUGGUCUGCCUAUAAACUGUAUGCAAGGCUGUGCUCUAAGAAAAAAGUGAAGGGAGCCCAGUGCUUGGAGUCUAUGUAAUCCAGGAUGCCUAACAUAUGAGUUUUAAGAAAAGCUAAGAUUUCAGGGCUUAAAAUAACGGCUGGUCAACGGACAAUGUCCGGUCUGAUCGUGGACUUGACCGGUCAAACUCUGGUUGUGCUGGUCACUUUGACCAGUCAUUUUUGGAUAGCAACAUUUUUAAUAUAAUAUUUUCCAUAUAGUUGUCUCUUGAUGCGUAUUACUUUAUAAUGCAGUAAGGAUUUUUUCUUUGGAUUUUUUGUUUUGCUGCUUUGUACUAAAACCUCUAAAGAAAAAGAACGCCGCAAUAAAUUAAGUUCUUGUUGUCAUGUCGUAAUGAAACGCAACAAAGCGUAACAACAACAAACCAAGUUGUGGAACAAUGCAGCGAUGCAGCAGGUCGUACCGUACUUUCUGCUUUGCUGUAAUCAGUAAUGUGCCGUCUUUGGGAAAACAUACACUAACGAUAAUCCAUUAUCCGUUGGAAAAUUAAUGGACAGCUAACAGUUUUCGUCCAUCUAACGUUUCACUUCUACUUGUAAGAGGGUUGUGAAAGUCACCUUUGACGGAAUUCGGGCAAAUUGAUCGCAAUUCUCAACAUGUCGUCCUGUACUGUUUCUCCGGGAAUAAUCGAUCAAUUAUAGUAAUUCUUGAUAUCGAACAUGAAUCUUGUUUCUGGACUCGAUUCCAGAAUAGUCUGAUGAAAAUUUAAGCUAGUCGAGAACGAAAGUUGCCCAUCUCGGCGCUUAAAAUUCUCCUUUGUGUAAACAGCAUUAUGUAAAUUUUUGAUGAUGUUAAUGAGUCCUUCGCAAUAAAGUUGCACGACGACCCAAACGAAAGCUCUGCUGUAUAUUUAUUGAUUCUAAUAAUAAACACGCUGUUUGUGGAACAGAUUUCUCGCCAAAUCAACUUCUUUGCCGAAAAUAUUAAGUGAUGACCUGCCGGGCAACCAAAAAGAUUCAGUUUCACGGAUAUGCAAAUAUUGGACGAACCUGGGAGACUUGAGAGGUCUUCAGACACCGCUGUACGAUGAUACUCAAGGUAUAACGGACACUGAAAAUGUGCAAAAACCGCAAAAAAGGAACUCAAAAAUGUGUGAAUGAAUUUUUCACCAACUUGCUGCCAAAAACCUGAACAUCAGUAUAGUACAACGAUCUUCCAUAGGCCAGAAAAAAAUAUACACCUGUAGUAUUCAUUAUUUGACCGGCCAAAAUUGGGGUUUCUCCGUACUAAAAAAUAUUUGGCCGGUCAUCAUGACCGGCGACCUGCCGUCCUUUAUUUUGAGCCCUGGAUUUUGUAGUCACUUCAGACAAAAAAAAAGACACUAGGGGCCACUGGGUGCUGCUAGAUCAUGCCCUUGGCGUAGGAUACCGUAUUUCAAUACAGCAAUAGAAUUGAUAAUGAUAAAGUAUAAGUAUACAGUGGCAGCUCUCAUGGGUGCACAGCCUCGGGACGGGAAGCUGGAGCUGGCCGCUUACUGAAUGUAAAAGAGCUUGUGUGAGAGUUGAGAAAAACAGGCCAGAAGGCAGCAAUGACGUUGUCCAUUAGGAGAGCUUCCACAACAGUUAUAAAUUAUAUUAUAAAUUAUUAGUAUAAUUAAUUGGAUAGAGUAUGUUUAGUUGUCCUUUGUUUGUGUCCUUCUUGUGGCUGUAUAAAUAACAAAAAAAAAGAUGAUUUCAUCUACUGAAUCAAUGAUGAAGUCAAUUAGCUCUGUAGUUUUUCCAUAUUCUUACGGUGGUAAACCGAUUUCAGAUGAGACCAAAUUUUUGUGUUUCACUCCUACAGUUAUGUAUUUCCACAUUUUGUUAUGAAACUGUCCCCUUCGUUCAUUUGUUAAACUAAUAUCUAGUCACCCAGGAAAAAGUUGUGUCUCAAUGCAAGUGUCUCAAGUGUUAUUAUUUAUUCUGUAAUACACUGAAACUCGUUAAAGAACAAAACUAUUUCCAUAGAGCCAAACUUCUAGCGUAUGGAAGUGUAUAGUACAGUCAAAUCUUGCCUUGCGGACACCCCACUAUAUAACGGACACCCCGAUAAUACAGACAGCAGUUAAAUCCCUGGCAAAAAUAAAUUCAAGAUGUCUGACUGAAGUGAUCUUCCAUGGACUAUUAUAGACUCUCGCAAAUGAGGACACUAACUCAAAGUUCCUACAGUGAAGUUGACUGUAUUAUCUUCUGCAAUAAACAGCAUUACUUGACCAUAAAGAUAAAUUUUUUGGUCUCAGAAUGUUAAAUAUGGCUGCAUAUUCAGAUGAGAAAUUUUGCUAAUUGCUAAUUGUUCCAAAAAAAAACCCUCUAAUGUUCAAAACAUGAUGCAGACCCUUCUGUCCCAUCAUUGUUUAUUGAAAAAAGGCACACGCAAAAUUUUUAAGUAUUAUUUAUAUUUGUGCUCUAUCAAUUAAUUUUAUUGCAACUCAAAUCUUAAUCUCUUUUGUCAGGGAGUGAUAUUUUUAUGGAAGGACAUUAAAUUAUUUGCUGUGUUCUAUUCACUUGGUAACCUUAUGGCAUUAUCUAGGUAUGUACAUUUUGUUGAUUGUAAUAAUGAAAUUUGUACCUGUUUUUCAAUGAUACAAAUUAAAGUAACCAUUUGCAAGGAAAAACUCAGAGCUUUCAAUAAGACCUGGCAACUACCAGUGCUCUGGUAGGUAUUCCUGUUGCAAAGCACCCUGUCAUUACUGAAUACUUACAAGAAUCAUUGGUUUUAAAGGGGCUUUGUCCAAUCACUUUGUUUAGCCUAUGCAAUAACUCUCUCUUAUUUACUGUAAAACAUUUUGUUAGCAAUGAAUUACCAUGUCAUGUAAAUAACAAAAACUCAGCUUAGUGACCAUUGUGUCUUCCAAGCAUUUUUGUUUUGAGUUAUAAACAACACAAAAAAAAUCAAACUUUGAAAAAAUGGUAAGCUGAACAGUGUCAGUCAAAACCCCAAUAAUUAUUACUAACCGUCUUCUCCUUUUUUGCCCAUCUUUGGUUGCCUUCUUUUGUAUUUGCAUGUAUGUUUUGCUUAAUUUGGUCAACCUAGUGGCUGAACUUGGUUAAAUUUCAUAUCACACAGCUCCAAGCUUCCACCUACGUGUACUUCAGCUUACUCUUACGUCUACCACAGGAGUUGUUGAAUGGUUCCCCUAAAAGUAAAUGUCUUGUUAAUAUUUAAACCCUCACCUAUCACUGAUUGCCAUUAUUGUAUCAUUUGCCUGUUUCUUUAUUCUGGUUUAUAGUACCUGUUUUCUCAUGGGUCCUAUGAAACAGUUGAGGAAUAUGUUCAAAGAAAAGAGGCUUAUUGCAACGAUAAUCAUGUUGGUAAGGAAAUAGGUCAUUUUCCCAUUUUAAAGAUUAAAGAAUUAAUGUGCAAUGUUGCAUAAUUGAGGCCCUGUUGGGGAAAAAAUCUGAGGUGACAUGACCUUGAAAUAGCAUUGUAAGACAGAUGAAAUGUCAACAAAUGACAUCAAAAUGGGUUGCGACUGUGACACGGACAAGAGCAAUGGCAAAUACAAUAAUAAUUUAUUGUAAAAUACCAUCAAGGACACAGCCUCCUUCUCAAUCCUUUAAAUAAAGGGUUUUGAAAUUCAGAACUAUAUUGCGACGUAUGUCCCCCCCCCCCCAAAAAAAGGGCCUCAUACAUUCAACUGGAAACCACAAGGGUGGAGGACAAGGAGUUUGCUGCCUGUAAAGCUGCCAUAAAAAUUUAUCUCCAACAAAAUAAGGGUCAUUCUCAUCCACAAAGCAUUGAUCACCCUGGUCAGUAUCACAGAUUGACAGCUCUGGCUGGACCAGGAUAUUGUGCAAGUGUACCAGUUUGUCAUUUUUAUAACUGAUGGUUAUCAUUAUUUUUUCAAAUGUUGGAGGCUACGCUUAUGGCCGGUAGUCUGUGUUUUGCAGACUUACUGCUUUGGCCGGCAUUCGGCCUCUGGCCUCAUGGGCUAUUGACUCACAGCGCAUUCAGGCGUGAGAAAUAAUUGUUAAAUACACCAUGGCCCUCCACACAUUGGGUCAUCUAAAUCUGACAAAAACAUUUCCAAGAUGCAGUCAAAAUUUAGAGUGUGUAUUAUUACGCAUGACAUACAGGACUGCAGUUUGAAAACUUGUUUCUUUUUUUCAGGUUUGCCUUAUUCUUACACUGUGUGCUGCCUUAUGGGUGAGUUAUGAACUCAAGACACCUUACCUAAUGACCACAUUACGGGCCAGGGGCAGGGUAGGGCAGGUGCUCUAUGAAAGUGACAUGGGUUUUCAUCAUACCUUUUAGGGGGUAAAGUUUGUGGAUUGUUACUAUCGUUGUUUAAUUUUAUCCUUGGUUUAAGUUUGAUUUUCCUUUGUUUUAGGUAUGGUAGUGAAUCAUAUGAGUUUAAAACAAGAGAAAAUCAAUACCAAGGAUAAAACUGAAGCACAAAAUUGCGUUUUAGGCUACCACUUGUUAAAAACUGAAAUUACUUAGUGUACGACUGGAGUUGUUGCAGUAAAAAAUGAUGGGAAAUCUUUGUGCAAGUUAAAUGUGCGGAAUUUUUAUAAAUGACACCUCUUAGGUGAAUAGUAAAAAGUAUAGGUCCUUAUUUGACUGACAAACCUGAGGUCGACAGCACGCUCACUGUACCCCGCUCUUUUUAUCAGUGCUUCAUUUUAUGGGUAUUUAAUGCUAUUUAAAGCUACACUGAAAGGAAAGAAGUCCAACUUAUAGAAGGAUUGGACGUCACACUUAGGAAUGUAUUUCCAAAACCUCUUGCACAGAAGGCCCGGGCACACUUUUUAGUACACAUUUCUUUGACGUCCACUGCACAACUAGGAUGUGAAACCUCCUAAUGCGACAAUUUAUGGCGGACGUGAACAUACUAAGAAGAAGAAUAUUUUCCUUUCUGUUUUUGAACCAGGAUAAAAUCCUUAAGAAUUCAACUCCAGGAAAAAUUGCCUACAUUUGACAAAUUGAGUUGGUCCUAACAAACACAAAAAAAUUUGAAAGGACGCAAAUUCACUAUUUUAGCGACGUUUUCAUUGUUGUCGUCAUUGUCAUUGCUUACGCUCCCUAUUAUAAACUGGUCACUAGUCAUAAAAUACAUGUAUUGGUCGCCAGAAAUAAGGACAUUUUGUGGAAUACAUGUAGUACAUGAAAGGUUUAAAAUAAUCAAAGUUGUUGUGCAUGCAACAUCCCAAGGCUUAAUAACUGGACAGCCGGGGUAGAAGAGAUGAAUAGGAUAAUGGAGACUAAACAAUAUGAGAUAAUUAGUGAUGUUACUUAAGCUUUAGAAAAACCAUAAACACAACUGCACAGCUUGGCACAUGAAUGCCAAACGCAGGUCACCAAAUUGGCAGCUUUUGCUUAAGUUUUCGUCACAAUUAUAUUUUUUUAACUUAGCCAUGGCAACCCUUUCCAUGAGUCACCUUGCUGACAACUUAUGCAAAUUUAGCAUCAAGCACUAGACUCAAACUCAAACAUGUACAACAGCUACUGUCACUGUUUGAAAGCCUAUUAACUCUUCUGUUUUGUUUGUUUCAGUGGGAAAACAAAGGACUGGCUUUGCUGUUUUGCAUUCUUCAGUAUUUAGCAAUGACGUGGUAUGUAAAUGAUAUUGUCUGUCCAAUAACAGCUUUCACACUGCAUUGCAAUUGCAGCUUUUUGUUGUUUGUUUUCACUGUGUGGCUAUUGAUGUCUUCUUUAUUUGAUGCUGUUUGUUCUUUUUCUUAGGUACUGUCUUUCCUACAUUCCAUUUGCAAGGUACUUCAAUAAAUUAAUUUUCUUGUAA